AUUUUUCAUGUUAAAUAUUAGCACUCCAGGUUCGUCUAUUAUUCAUUUAACAACCACCGCUUACAAUUUAACGCUCCCCUAAACACAUCUUGCCAAGCUCCCUGAAAUCUACCUACAUACUUAUUUCGUCCUCGGAAAACUCUUUUGGCAAAACGUUUGGCUCCCCAUAAUGCCGCGUGCCGCGAACUUCCACGCAACAGCACGUUCCGUUAGACUGUCGCUUAUUCAACUUCUUGCCAUCCAGAUGUGGCAAAUGGUGUGUUGGUGUAUGAAAUUUCCUAUUCAUAUAUAUAAUAUAUAUUUUUCCUACAUCCCUCCCAUUUGACCUCGACUUCCGAACUGCAACCUUUCGUGUGUUUACUGAUUUCCGGAGCGGAAAAUCUGCCGUUACGGCACCUUAUGGUACCGUAUCGAGUGCCAUAGUUUGAUAGGUUCUUCUAGGGACACACCGAGAUAUCUGACAUUCCGUGGGAGUCGGGAUUUGUUAUUCGGGCGUGCAUCCUACACUGCUCCCGCGUUGGUCAUGUGCCUGUGCCAUGUGGUAUAAAUCAUACAGAAAACGCUAAACAGAGAAAAUCAAAUGAAUAUAGGGUUACUUUACGAAUGGAGCAAACUUUCGAACUCCUUCUUUAUUCUCUUCCCUCCAGAACAGCGCAAUACAAUCGAGUUCACAAAAGAAAAUACUCUCAGGGGUUUCCUUCGAUUUUCUCCUUCAUUAGUUUGAUAAGCGCCUUCGAUUCAAGUAUUGUAUGAAACAUUUCUGUUUAUAGGAAAUCGUUUUUCAUUCCAAACGAUUUGAUACACAAAUCAUAAACUUUCAUGAGACAUCCAAACUUUCGUUCUAUUUCUUCACACGAUCAUAAUUUCAUUACGAUCAUUAUUUGAAUCUUCUUCUUUUUCUAAUAGAUUGCCUCCCAAUCGAAACAGCGUGGCCCAAUGCUACUAGGAUGGAUGUCACGUCGUCACAUUGCAACCAAGCCUUAUCCAACAGUGGAGAUGGUUUUAGCUCCGGAAGCGUCAAUGUUAUCACCGGAUAUAGUGCAACAGCUAAACGAUCCCGAACGGCCUUUACUAGCUCUCAGUUAGUGGAGCUGGAGAAGGAAUUUCACUCCAACCGUUAUCUAUGCAGACCCCGACGUAUUGAACUGACACGGAAGUUGGCUUUGACGGAGCGGCAAAUUAAAAUUUGGUUCCAAAACCGGCGUAUGAAGCAUAAGAAAGAAAGCUCCAACGUUAAGGAUAUCAACAAGCUGAAGACCUCGUGUCAUUGCACAGACGGGGAAUCCUCACAGUCGCCCAAAUUGUCCACUCCAUCCUCACCUCAUGGCUUCCAUACAAACAUCGCAUUGGAUGAAGAACGCAAUGGUCACCAAAGCAUCGUCAACCGGUUAAUGGCACAUUCCACUUACGCACCUCGAACUCCCAACUACAUCAACCAUUCGGUUAAUCUCUACAACAAUGAUAAGAACGGGAAUUCCUUCACCAAUACUGCACCGCCACGUAACGCAUCCACCACAAGAAAUGGCCCUGAACCAACGUACACUUCCUUCACAGCAAGUGCUAAUGCGAAUGAAAUAUUCGGGCAACCAAUUUUGUGUGCCGACCAGCCUGGUCAUUCUAAUCUAAUCCUAUCGACAAACAGCGAGAUUAACGCAGAAAUGAAAGAGUUUGAGAAUUGCGAGAUAUUCCCCUCCCAGAUAUUCGAUCCCAGCUUUCUUUCUCAUCCACUGACACAAAAAGCGGCGACAUCGAUUGAUGAAUCACUCAAGGAACCUUCACAGAUGACUAUGAUCUUAAUGCCAUCGGUGUCCUCCGCCUCGACUGAAGACCCCAGUAAUGCCAAUCCUUUGGUUGACAGUUCGUACCGUUCUCUUGCUAGUUUUAAUCAGCCUACCGUGCCUGCUUCUACCACGUCUACGGACGGCGACAUCAUUGGUGUCAGUUCGCCAUCUGUCACUAUUCAGUGGGGCAAUAAGAACCACCAAAAACAGCACCAUAAUCAUCUUCUCCGUCCGGCUCCCGCAAUCGAAGAUACCAACAACAACAACAACAACAACAACAACAAAAGCAACAAUUUCGACUCUCCAUGCAACGGUUUGCCUUUGGGCCAUCAACACCACAACAUUCAGUUACAACACAUUCCAUCAUCAAUUAAACAAGAGCAACAACAUGGCGUUGGGGUAGGAGUUAACGUUUCCCUGCACGCAGCCACCGUAACAACGACCGGCACGACAAAUUCCAUGCUUUCUUCACCUAGCGAUGGCGGCAACGUAUUUCUAGAUCUUUAGAGAUUAUAAAACCGCAGUUCCAAUAUCUCACGCGACGCUCAUCAACCAACAAAUGCUGUGAAAUGGGAACUACAAAAACAAGGCGGUGUAGGAAUGGAAAUGAAAGUAAUUAGAAUUUAAGAUACACCAAAAUCACCACCACCACACCAUGCGAUGCAGCCCCUUGGCAAGAUGCUACCAAGACGUACCUCUCUACUUCUCAACUAGAAAUCAACAAAUUCUCAGGGAGUUCUAGAUUUUAUAGCUCUGGCAAGGAACAAAAACUCAAACUGGACUGGUUUGAUUAGGAUUAGUGUAAUAGAAAACAUAGGCUUAAGCAAGUUAACACAAAGACGACAACUUAUUAUCCCUUUCCGAGACGUAGUAAAAACUUGUUUUGUAAGACUAUCGGCAACUGCUUGAGUUCCCAUCGGAGAUAAUUUAAUUUAAUAAACCAUAACCAUUUGUACUACUCCUGUAUUAAUGUUGACUUUUACCCAUUUGUUCUCGGUUUGGUUGCAAUCUUCAAACAACGAUACUUUGUUAUCGCUCACUUGGUCAAAAUUUCACUUCAAUCUGUACAAUAUAAAGAGUAGAUUAACUUUGUUUGAUGCUUAUUGUUAUAGCCAAAAACUUCACAAAGGUUUUUCAUUAAUUCCCCGGCAGGUAAGUAAUAAUAAAUUUCAGCAAAACUGUGGUUAUCUGUUUCCUUUUCAACUCCAGAUUAAGUUUUUAAUAUCAUUGGAGCAGCAUCAAUUUUGAAAUUCCUGCAACCGCGCUAAUGAAGACCAUUUCAUUUUCUACUUUUUUAUUGCAAUGACUCAUAUUGAGGCGUGUUUUACGUU